CUGCUCCUGCUCCUGCACCCGAGCUGUCAAUCAGGGCCUGGCGAGGCCUAGCCUGGGCGGCGGGCGGAGAGACGGCGAGCGACGCCACAGCCCCAGCGGCCGCCAUUCGUGGAUCAAAAAUAGGCCGAGCCGCUCCUCCCCGCUCCGGCUGCGACCGGCCUUCUCUCCCCGCCGCUAACCCCCGGCACCCCGCCCUCCGUCCCUCCUCCUCCUCCUCCUCCUCAGGCGGGAUGAGCGAGCAAAAGAAGGAGGAGGCUGUGCCCUCGGAGGGAGAGAAGUCUCCUGAGGCGGAGAACAACAACAAGAAAAGCAAAACUGGAGCCACUCAGGAUUCUCAGCCUUCUCCUCUGGCUCUACUGGCAGCAACAUGCAGCAAAAUAGGGACUCCCGGGGAGAAUCAGGCAGCUGGACAACAAAUUAUAAUAGAUCCAAGUCAAGCUUUGGUUCAACUUCAGAAUCAGUCACAACAGUUAGAAUUAGUAACAACUCAGCUUGCCGGAAAUGCUUGGCAGCUUGUUGCAGCUGCUCCUCCUGCUUCUUCAAAAGAGACCAAUGCCCAACAAGCAUCUUCUGUCACUUCAACUGCAGCAAGUCCCUCCAGCAGCAACAACGGAAAUGCAUCACCUUCAAAAACAAAAACAAGCAAUUCUUCUGGAGCAACUCCAGGACAGUUUCAAGUCAUACAAUUACAGAAUCCGGGUGGUAGUGUUCAGUACCAAGUGAUUCCACAGAUUCAGACAACUGAAGGUCAACAAAUUCAGAUAAAUCCUGCUACUACUACAGCUCUGCAAGACUUACAAGGUCAAAUUCAGCUCAUCCCUGCAGCAAAUAAUCAAGCUAUUAUUACAGGUACAAAUAGGACAGCUUCUGGUAAUAUUAUUGCCCAAAACUUGGCAAAUCAGACAGUGCCAGUCCAAAUCAGGCCUGGAGUUUCUAUUCCACUGCAGCUACCUAUUGCUGGUACUCAGGCACAAGUUGUAACAUCAUUGCCUAUAAACAUUGGGGGAGUGACUCUAGCAUUACCUGUAAUAAAUGUCGCUGCCAGUGGUAGUUCUGGACAGGUUGCCCAGUCCACUGAUAGUGGAGUUUCCAAUGGAAAUCAGCUGCUAUCAACACCUGUCACAACAGCUUCUGUUAGUACUAUGCCAGAUUCACCCUCCUCCUCUUCCACCUGUACGACAACUGCCUCCACCUCACUAACAAGCAGUGAAACUUUGGCAAGCACUGCAGAAGCAGGCCAGUAUGCAAGCACAGCAGGCAGUUCUGAGACUACUACUGAAGAACCUCAGACAACCACAUCAGAAACAGAGGCUCAGAACUCUAGUCAGCUUCAGUCCAAUGGACUACAAAAUGUGCAGGAUCAGUCAAAUUCGUUGCAGCAGGUGCAAAUAGUAGGUCAGCCAAUUCUGCAGCAGAUACAGAUCCAACAGCCACAGCAGCAGAUCCUCCAGGCUAUUUCUCCACAGUCUUUUCAACUUCAGUCCGGACAAACUAUUCAAACCAUUCAACAGCAGUCCUUGCAAAAUGUUCAGCUCCAAGCAUUGAGUCCAACCCAAGUGCUCAUAAGAGCACCAACAUUAACCCCAUCAGGGCAGAUCAGCUGGCAGACCGUACAAGUCCAAAAUCUUCAAAGUCUUUCAAAUCUCCAAGUUCAAAAUACUGGGUUACCCCAGCAGUUAACCCUUACUCCUGUAUCAUCAAGUGGUGGUACUAUAGCUCAAAUUGCACCAGUGGCUGUUGCUGGUACUCCAAUAACAUUAAAUGCUGCUCAGCUUGCUUCAGUGCCUAAUCUUCAGACAGUAAGUGUAGCCAAUUUGAGUGCUGCUGGUGUUCAAGUACAAGGAGUUCCAGUCACCAUUACAAAUGUUGCAGGUCAACAACAAGGACAAGAUGGAGGAGUGAAAGUACAGCAAGCCACAAUAGCUCCUGUAACUGUAGCUGUAGGAGGCAUUGCUAAUGCUGCAAUUGGUGCUGUUAGUCCUGAUCAGAUAGCUCAGGUGCAACUGCAACAAGCCCAGCAAGCUUCUGAUCAAGAUGUCCAGCCUGGCAAAAGGUUAAAAAGAGUUGCUUGCUCAUGCCCUAAUUGCAGAGAAGGAGAAGGAAGAACCAGUAAUGAACCAGGAAAAAAGAAACAACAUAUCUGCCAUAUUGAAGGUUGUGGAAAAGUAUAUGGGAAAACGUCUCAUCUCCGAGCACAUCUUCGCUGGCAUACUGGAGAAAGGCCAUUUAUAUGCAAUUGGAUUUAUUGUGGGAAAAGAUUUACAAGAAGUGAUGAACUGCAAAGGCACAGACGAACACAUACAGGUGAGAAAAGAUUUGAAUGCCCAGAGUGUUCUAAAAGAUUUAUGCGAAGUGACCAUCUGUCAAAACAUGUCAAAACCCAUCAGAACAAGAAGGGAGGGGGAACAGCCCUUGCUAUUGUUACUUCAGGUGAAUUGGACUCUUCUGUUACUGAGGUUCUUGGCUCUCCAAGGAUUGUCACAGUUGCAGCUAUCUCUCAAGAUUCAAACCCAGCAACUCCUAAUGUUUCAGCAAACAUGGAAGAAUUCUGAAGGAACAUUAUAUAAAUGCCUAGAACUGCACUUAAGUUUACAUCCCUUUCAAGAUAUGGAAGUGGGCUGGUAAAAGUGUAUUACAGAGCAGGAAAUCAUGUAUUUGGUCUUGAUUUCUGUAAGUAUUCCAAGUUGGAGAAUUAGCACAGGAAGUGUACAAAAGACAAAAAUUUCAAACUGGCCUUGAUAAAUUAUGGAUAAAGCAGAUGAGGAAAAUGCAGGUCUAUAUCAUGGUUAUAAAGAGUUUUUAAUUGGAGUUUUCUUCUGUUUUAACGUAUGUAAAUGUUUGUUGCAGCAAUGAACAAAACAAAUUAUGCAACAAAAUGGCUGUUGGUUAGGUUUUUUCCUCACAAAAGUUUCUAGUAUUUUCAUUGGAAUGUAUCUUUCUCCAAAAGGCACAACAAAACAAAAAACCCAAGAAUAGUUCAGUGAAGAUGAAAAUCUUUUGCUUCUGUUUGGUUUAUUGAAUAUAUAUACUACAUUUGGCCAUCUCUACUCAUUGUCUUAGAAAUAAUUCAGAUGGCAUCAUGUUAACUGGGUCUGAGGUAUGUCUCAGAUAAUUUUGGCCACUACAUUAUAGUAGUGUGUAUAAUGACAAUCAGUAAACACAGAUUAUUCUCUUUCUAGGAGAGGUAAUAGAUCUGUAGAGCCAGUGUAUACUGUAGCAACUAUGGAAUCUUAGAAAUAUAUUGACGUAAGAUUUUAAUUAAUUUCUAUGUAAAAAUUACAUGUGAGAACUUAUAUUACAAGUCCUAUACGUGAACUCGUUCCAUUGCAAGCUGUAGGUGAUUUAUGGCUAAACCUUGGAUAACUUCAGUUACAACGUCAAUAAUUUAAAUAUUUAAAUUUUAUUGUGAUAUUUGGAAAUUACGAGAAGUACAGAAGAAUGCUGUACAUAUAUACCACUGUCACCCUUUUGUCAAUAUCAAACAUUGCCGUUAAUAUAUUGAAUUCUCUAGAUCUUGACAUAACAGCCAAAGAAAGGAUAAAUAAGUUAAACCAAAAGUAUAACUCUUUAGUUUAAUUUAUCAUUUCUAUUUCCCUAAAGAAAACAAUAUUUGGGACCCAAAGAACAAUAGCUGGCUUGCCCAAGGUUUUCAGUACACUAGUAAGAUUUUUAAAAACUUCAAGAAAAACAAAAAGUGAGCAGCCCAUGUGCCAUAUAACGAAUUUCUUACGACAUUCCCCUCAGUCUCAGAAGAAGUUUCCUAUGUGGCAUUGGGAGCUCUUAUUUUAUAAAUUCAGACUGAAUUAUUACUGCCAGUCUCAUGGUUUUUGGAUUCUGCUAAAACAUCUCCCCACCUCCAUCCUCCUUGUGCCUGCAUAAUCCUAAAUAGGCUGACAAAGAAUAAUUUUAAGUAAUGUUUACUUGACCCAUAAAUUUGCUUCAUCAGAAAUAUAUCUGUUUUAUAUAUAUCUUUACCAUAGAGAUAAGAAAUUUAAAUUAUUAAUGGACUUUUCUUGACUGCAGUGCAAUUUUUAAAAAUUCAAUUUUUUUAUGUUGCGAAUCUAGUUCUUGUCGAAAGGAACUGGUUAAACACAAUAACUAGUGGUCUGGAAUAGGGAUGAGAAUCCCUACUUUCACUAAAAGGCAACAUUUAGUCAAACAGGACCAGUUAAGUAUUGAUUAAUUAAUAGGGAUGCUCAUCUAUAUCUGCCACACAUCUGAAAAUCUUUUUCAGUUUUUCCUUGCUGAAUAAAAUUGUGUGCAUAUUUGACUACACAGCAUGCAUACGGCCAAAUAUAAUUUGGAUUUUUGAAAAAUUCCCAUUGGCGUUAGUAGAACCUUUUACAAACCACCUCUGUUGUAAUACAGUAUAGCUCAAGAUUGUCUGGUUUUUACAUUCUACACCAAACUAUUUUAACAACUGAACUAAAAAGUACAGUGCAAGACAUUGACAUUGCUUUUAAAAAUUCCCUUUCCUGUUGAGAAAUGUUUCAACAAAUACUUUUUAUACAAGUCUUAGUUUUAUGGCAUAGCACACAGUUUUUAAAGACAAGAUCAGUUGAUAAUGUAUACUCUGUGCACUGUAAGGAUGCCCUGUGUAGCGAUAUAUGAAGCUGAAAAAAUAUUUUAUAAUGUCAGCUUAAAUACAUGGGAAAGAAAACAUAUUUACACUGUGGUUUCAAGUUUCUUAAGUGUUUUGUAGUCAUUUAAGAGUCUUUAAAUUUUAGUUGGUUUUUUGAAAUAUUAUCCCAUAUAUUUUUAUUUAAAAUAUUCUCAAUUGAUGUUACUGGCUUUAAACAUCAAAAUCUUUUUAAUGACACAUUUAAUACAGACAGCCAUUAGAUAAUGCUAAUUAACUUGCAACAUACAUUGCAAAAAAACCUGUAACAUAAAAGAUACAUUUUUAUCAUUCUGCCUCAUAAUCAGUGCUACAAAACCUCAGUUAAGCAAAUAAAAUUCCUUAUAGGAUCAUGUUAGGUUAGAAGCAAUUUUUUUUUGUAAUCUAAAGGUAUGAGUACUCUGCACACCUGUUAAAUAUGAUUUUUUGCAUAAUUAGGCAUGCAGAAUGGAAGUUUUCAAUCUGCAGCAAAUCCCUAUUACAAAUGUAUCAAAAGAUAUCAUAGAACUUAAUAUAAAUUAAUCUGUGUUAGCAGGUGCAUUUACUACUCUUGGAAUUAAACAUUUUGAUAGUCUGUUCUGCAUACCAUUCUGAGUCCACUUUUCAGUCUUAGAAGGAUCGUAAAUUUCAGUGUCCUUUAUUUGACUCAGUGGAAUAUAACUGUUGUACGUAAUAGGGCACAGAUGUGCAGUAGUAGAUUGUUUAAUGGCAUUUCACUGUUCAUUCCUUUUAUCACCCUUAUAACAUUUUUGCUUUAUUGUACUUAUCAGUGCAAAAUGUAUUUAUCAUGGUAGAACUCCAGUGUUUUAUUUUAUUUUCAAUAUACUUUCUUGGGAUAAAGUUGUGUAUGUGUUUCCUGAUUACAUUAGAAAUCGAUGUUAUGUCAUUAUUUAUCACACUGUUUCAUGAGGAGAAGUAAUAAAAGUGUGUAAUUUAGGAUAAAAAAAGUUUUUGUUAAAAAUAGGUAAGCAUGACGUUUGGGUCCUAUUUUUCAAUUUUAUAACUGUUUUAUUGCAACAAUAUUUGUAUUUAAGUCUCCAUUUCUAAUGCCUUGUGAUUUUUUUAUGCAUGUCACUAAACUGUCAUCCCACAAAAAUUGAUGUGCAACAUAGGGUGUUAAAUCUGCAUAAUGAUUUUGAAACAGGAAAUAGUUGGUGGUAAAAUUAUAAAUGUUUUGCAGAAAAUCUUAUAAAAAGUUUUGUAGUAAUAUUUCACUUGUAAAUUUUUUUUAUAAGAAAAAGUGGAAAAGGAAAAAAAAUGUAAGAAACACCCAUGCUAAAAUCUACAAAUUAAUUCUGCCAGCAAAGCCUCUAAGGCUUUAAUUUUUACUAUGCUAAUUUGUAUAAAUUUUGUGUGUUUUUGUGGAUUUGAAACUAAAAUUGUGUAGUUGUUGUUGCCUGCAAUAACAUUUUGCAAGUAACCUAUUAAAUUCUCUUGAGGUUAAAUGUA